CUGGUGGCCCAGGGUCAGUUCAGGGUCCUCAAGGUUCCUCUGGGCUUCAUCAAAGUCUUACAAUGGUUCUUCGCCAUCUUCGCCUUCUCCACCUGUGGCAGUUAUUCUGGGAUGUUCAAGAUGGCAGUGGAGUGUAAGAACCGGACAGACAGUGACCUCAGCAUCGAUGUGGAGUUUGAGUAUCCGUUCAGACUCCAUCAGGUGUACUUUGACGCCCCCACCUGUAAGGAGGGGAACAAGGAGCGCGUCUUCCUGGUUGGCGAUUACUCUUCUUCAGCUGAGUUCUUCGUCACCAUCGGCGUCUUUGCCUUCCUCUACUCCAUGGCGGCCCUCAGCAUCUACAUCUUCUUCUAUGAGAAGUACAAGGAGAACAACAAGGGCCCUCUGAUUGACCUCGGAGUGACCGCAGUGUUUGCCUUCAUGUGGUUGGUGAGUUCGGCAGCAUGGGCCAAAGGUCUGUCUGACGUGAAGACCGCGACCGACCCAGAUGAGGUCAUCACCAUGAUUGACGCCUGUGACAGUGAGAGGAACCGGUGCCGUGAAGUCCAUGAUCCAGUCAUGUCCGGACUCAACACGUCUGUGGCGUUUGGCUUCAUUAAUCUGAUUCUGUGGGUUGGAAACCUCUGGUUCGUCUUCAAGGAGACAGGGAUCAUUGCUCCCUUCAUGCGGGCUCCACCCCCUCAGGCAAAACCCACCCCUGAUGCUUACGGACAGCAGGGAGCGUACGAACAAGACCCAUACGCAAGCAACCAGGGAGGCUACCAACCUGAAUACAACCAGCAAGGAUACAACCAGGAGGCAGAAUUUGGUCAAGGCUACGGCCAGCAAGGGGCGCCCACGUCCUUCUCCAAUCAGAUGUGAGGAACAGGACGCAGGAAAUGUCGGAGUGAACCAGCAGUGGGUCGCCUGCAACUUACCCACAGUGCAACACUCCUGUCUGUCUGCAGAGUUCCUGGGUGGGGGGUUAAAUGUUCACUUUGAUGAAUCGAUGUAUAAAUGAUAAAAAAGAGAAUUAUAACUAACAAAACUCCACAACUUGAAGAAACCGUCGAACCAACAUCCAUGUGAUGAACCUGAACCGUGAUGGUUGUGUACCCUGUGUACCCUGUGGACACGAUGUUUGUUUGUGUUGUACAAAUAUCACUUUCAACCCGUAUAUAUAUAUAUAUAUAUAUAUAUAUAUAUAUAUAUAUAUAUUUACAUAUACCGUAUACAUAAAAUAUACUGUGGACUGAACUGUUUCUGCUUGUUUCCUGUUGAACCUGAGGAUCUUUUGAAAUCCAGAUUCUCACCUGACUUUCAUGAUGCUGUUCACUCCGGCUUCAACAAUCAGAUCUGAACUGCUCCGGCGAGCCAGACCUCAACCAGAACCACUUCGUCAGACAGGAAGUGACAUCAUUCUGAACCUGGUCUGAGCCGCAGCUUCAUGGUGGCGCUGGUGGAAACUGGAUCCAAAAUAGCUCCCAUUCAUUAUGUUUGAUUUUCUGUACCGACCCCGCUGCACAAACGUCCAUCUGAAGGAUCAAACUGACAUCACUUCCUGAAAAUCUGAUGCAACCUCUAACCAUGGCCCAAUUCUUCUCUAACCACAAUCCGAUUAUUUUUCAUUCAUUCAACCUUUAUUUCUACAGGUUAGUCUCAUUGAGCCUCGGGGCCUCAUUUA